AAUUUAUUGUCAAGUCCACCUUGUACAUAUGUACAUAAAUCAAUUUUUGGUUAAUGGCUCUAAUUUAACAUGAUUAUUUUAAAACUGGAUUGGAUUAUAUGAAUUGAAAUAUUCUUCGUUUAAUUUUGCUUUACAUUUAAAUUCCAAGUAAUAAUGUAGAUAUUAAUUUAAUUAACCUCUUUGAAAACGUUAAAAACUAAUAUCUAAUUAAUUGUCAGAGAAUAUAUUGCAAAAACAAUGGUUGAAGAAAAGUUAGAUUCAGAAAAAUCUCAAGCACACUCAAUAGAAAAUGAUGUGAAUUCUGAAGGUUCAUUGAAAAGCUCUAGUUUGGAAGACGAGUGGAUUGAUAUACUUGGAAAUGGUCAAUUAAGGAAAAGGGUUAUAAAAGCAGGUAUUCCAAAUUCACGUCCUAGUAGAGGAGAUGCUUGUAAAAUAAAUGCUAUUGGGAAACUUGAUGAUGGAACGAUUGUCGAACAGCACGAGGAACUAAGUUUCCAACAAGGGGAUGUUGAAGUUAUUCAGGGAUUAGAUUUGGCGGUGGCUUUAAUGGAUGUUGAUGAAGAAGCAGAAAUUGAAAUUGCUUCUAGAUUUGCAUAUGGAAGUAUAGGAGAAAAACCAAACAUUCCUUCAAACGUUACCCUUCGAUAUAAUGUUAAACUAAUUUCUGUAGAAUUGGAAGCAGAAUUUGAAUCAUUAACAGUAAAUGAAAGAAAAAGAAUAGGAAACAAAAAACGAGAACGUGGCAACUGGUGGUUUACAAGAAACGAGCCAGCUCUUGCAAUGCAGUGCUACCGUCGAGCUUUAGACUUUUUGUCACCAGCCAAAUCUGAAACAUCUUUCAGUGAGGAUGGUGUGGAAGAAACAGAAUCAGAUGCAGAUCUACAAGCCUUAUUGGAAGACAGGUUGACUGUUUACAACAAUUUAGCACAAGCCCAGUUAAAAACACAAGCGUACGAAGCUGCACUGAAGAGUGUAGAGAAUGUUUUAUCAUGUCAACCACGAAAUAUUAAGGCUCUAUUUAGAAAAGGUAAAAUUCUACACUUAAAGGGGGAACAUUCUCAGGCUUAUUUAACAUUGUCUCAAGCACAGAAAUUAGACCCUCAAAAUAAAGCUAUUCAACAUGAACUAUCAAUUAUAAAAGGAAAGAGUGAGAAAGACGUUCAAAAGGAAAAGAAUAUGUAUCGCAAAAUGCUCGGAACAAAACAAGAAACCAGCAUUAAUAAAAGUCUUAAAAAUGAGGGUAAAAUAAAGUCGAGUUUUAUAGCUUGGAGUUUAAUUGGUGGAACAAUCGUUGCUACUGUUGGAGUAAUAGCCUACAAAUUUAUUUCCUGAGGAUAUGUUUUAAAGAUACUGUAAACUCAAAUCGGUAAUGGAUUUUUAAUUAGUUGACACAAGGGUCCGGAUGUUUGUCAAUUUCAUUACAGUCACAAAUUUUUUUUGCAAUCAUAUCAAAAAAUAUUUCAUCAUUUUUAUAAUCCUGUUGAUUGUUGUAAUAAAAGUUAUGUUCACUGUUGAAUAUAGUAUGUAUAUAUUAUAAAAAAAGCAAGUUUUCUGUGCAUAGUUUCAGUACCACUUCCAUAUUAUUCAUAUUGCUAUGUACAAUUGUUUAAUCAUGUAGAGGUGGUUAAUGAGUUUUGUAAUUUUUAUACUUGACACAUAUAUAUGGGACGUUUUGACAGAAACAUUAAAAACUAUUUUUCAAA